UCGAAGAAAGAGGUCUGAAACCUAGUACAUCAUGACACCCGGAUCACAGGAUAAUGUUACCAUACGGAUCAUGACCAAGGAUGAUUACCCAAGAGUAAAGGCGUUCAUGAAGGAUGAUUUCUUUACGUCAGAACCCCUGUGCCAAUCCAGUGGGCAGGCGAUGCAUCUGCAGAACGAGAAAGAAAACGACGAGUAUCACCUCUCAAUGAUAGCCCAAGGCACCUGCUUAGUGGCCCUUGACGAGAGCAACGGUGGCCGAUUGGUUGGCUUCGUCCUUGCCGGAGCCCUUCCCGAAGAUCUCGAGAAGCAUCGCCAGGAGGCAGAGGUCAUGGAGCAACAUUACUGGGGCCGCAUUUGUCGCUUGCUCUCCAAGAUCGAGCGCGAAGCUGAUCUCUUCCAAAGAUACGGUAUCUCCAAGGUUCUGUACUCCCAUAUCACCAGUGUGGAUGCGUCGAUGAGAGGAAAAGGCUUGGGCUCCCGGUUAGCUAGCAAACUAAUGGAUGUGGGUCGCUCCAAGGGAUUCCCUGCGAUGGUGGCCUACUGCACCAGUUUCUACUCUGCCCGCCAGAAGGAAGCCUUGGGAAUGGAGUGCAUUCACUCCCUGGUCUACGCCGACUACAAGGACGAUAGUGGUCAUCCGAUCUUCACACCGGCAGCUCCGCACACAAAGGCUCGAGUCAUGUUCAUCAAAUUGUGAGUUGGGAUAUCUCAUAGGGAACUAUAUCCCAAUCUCAGUCUAACUAAUAACCAUCAUGGCAGAUUUAAUUAAAUUAUUUUGAAAACGAAAAAUAAAUAUUGUUAAAAUAUUGUUAUCAAUUAAACUUAUCUUUGUUACUAUUUUAUCUCAUGACCAAUA